AUGAAUUAAUUUAACUAACUGAAAUUUAAAAUGAAAAAGUGUCUGCAAUUUCAAUGUAAAAUUUGGUUUGAUUUUAUUAUAAAAUGGCCAUAAUAAUAAAAUAUUGAAAUUUCGAACUUAAAUUUACAUCAUUUUAUGCAUGUGAAAUAAUUUGUAAGUAAUUGGAAGUAUAAGAGGAAUUAUGUACAAGUUGUUCUUAAUUUGUUAUAUAAUUCAAUCAAGGUGUUGAUGCUGUUCAAAUUUCAUAUGAUUAUACUAAAUUAAAGAUACCCAAGUUAUAUAAUAAAUUAGAUAUUAGUAACAAUUAAUUAAAUUUAAUUGUUUUACUUUAUUUAGAAUUUAGAAGAAUGA